AUGGACAUGGCUUUGCCUACGACACGGCUCACGUGCCUCGCAGACUCCUACCCAGUGGUAGCGGCAGUCUCUGCUGCAAUCAGUGUGGCCAUCGUAUACUUCAUUGUCCUCCUUCCGCUAUACAACAUACUACUACACCCUCUCCGGAAGUAUCCUGGUCCAAAGCUAUGGGCGGCUUCCCAAAUCCCGUGGCUUCGCUCUUACACGGGCGGGCUUUACCACGUCAAGCUCCGCGAUAUGCACGAAAAGUACGGCCCCGUUAUUCGAGUUGGUCCCAAUGAGCUGUCCUUCACCUCACCAGAGGCGUGGCAAGCGAUUAUGGGCCACCGUAAGUCUGGGGAAGUGGAAAACGGCAAGGCACCUUUCUAUGCUGUCCCACCACUCAUCACCGGCCUCAACCGAACUGACCACUCACGCGUACGGCGGCUCAUGUCCCACGGAUUUUCGUCAGCAGCGCUUCGAGACCAGGAACCGAUGAUCAGGGGCUAUAUCGACUUGCUGAUCCAGCGUCUCCAUGAGAACAGCCAACAAGGCCGUAAGGCGGUUGACAUUUGUGCAUGGUUCAACUACACGACUUUUGAUAUCAUUGGAGACUUGACCUUUGGAGAGCCGUUCGGCUGUCUGCAACAAUCAGCUAUGCACCCAUGGGUCGAAUUGGUGUUUGCAAAUGUCAAAACUUCGGCCAUGCGGUCUGCACUUGCACGGUUCCCAGUCGCGAACCAUCUCCUUCCAUUUUUCGUGACUCCUCAACUUGUCAGGAAGGCAGCUGAGCACAAGGAACUUACACGAGAGAAGGUGUCUAAGCGCUUGACACUGACAGAUGCCAGACCUGACCUGGUGCAUGGCAUGACCGUUGGAAAAGGUGGCCUGACCGUCUCUCGUGAGGAGUUGAAUGAGAACUCCGAAGGACUUAUCAUUGCAGGCUCGGAAACCACAGCCACCGCCCUUUCAGGGGCCAUCUACAUGCUGACGACACACCCUGCGAUCCUCAAGACGUUGGCCGAAGAGAUUCGAUCUGCAUUUACCUCCGAGUCAGAGAUGAAUUCUAUCAACACGGCGCAUCUUCCAUAUCUCCAAGCCGUUCUCGAGGAAACCCUCCGUUUCUUUCCUCCGGCACCUAAUGCUUUGCCUAGAAUCACCCCACCGGAAGGCAAUCUUGUUCUGGGAAAGAGAAUUCCAGGAAAUACAGUGCUGUCCGUUCCGCAUUGGGCCAUGUAUCACAGCAGCAGCAACUUUAGCCGACCUGACGAGUUCAUCCCCAACCGGUGGCUUGAUGACCCACAGUUCGCCAGUGACCGAAAGGAGUGUAUGAAUGUGUUCUCCUUUGGUCCGCGCAACUGUAUUGGAAAGAACUUGGCGUAUGUUGAGAUGCGCAUGUUCCUGGCUCGUGUGAUCUGGAACUUCGAUAUCGAACUUGCGGCAGAGAGCAUGGACUGGUUGCAGAAGGGUCGCUCGUUCAGUGUGUGGGCUAAGCAUCCUCUUAUGGUCCACUUGACCCCUCGGCCGGUGGCUGUAUAG